AUGACCACGAUAUGCCAAAUUUUAUGCCCAGUAGCCAGAUUAUGUGGCAUAUCGUGGCCAUAUGUCCCUGUUAACAGGCGACGAUACGCUCAAGGGCGGGACGGUAUAGGACCGGGAGAUCAAGAAUGGGGAUAUACAUCAGUCCGACCAGGAGCACACAUGUUUUGGUGGCUUUACUAUACAACUGCCAACGUCAGUUCUAGUUAUCAUGAAAAACCUUUGAUUAUUUGGUUACAAGGAGGUCCCAGUGCAUCAUCAACAGGGUUUGGAAAUUUCAUGGAACUUGGGCCUUUGGAUGAAAAUUUGAGACCACGAAACUAUACAUGGGUAAAAUACUACAAUAUGUUGUUUAUCGAUAAUCCAGUUGGCACCGGUUUUAGUUACGUCGAUUCUUCUGAUUUGUUAGCUAAAAGCAUGAAUGAAAUAGGAGCAGAUCUUCUUGUGUGUAUAAAAAAUUUUUACGAAAAAUUCCCUGAAUUUAGCGCUACUCCUGCAUACAUCGUGGGAGAAUCUUAUGGGGGAAAGUAUACUGCUGAAUUUGCUAAAGUUUGGUACGAGGCAAGAACAGAAAAAUAA